UCGUGUAAAAGCUACAGUUGCACCUACCUGUCUGUCUCUCAAGCGUAAAAGCUAGCUCCUACAGCUAGCUAGCCGUAGUACGAGCUGGCGGUGGAGGUAGGCCGGGCGAAGGACUCGAUCAUGGAGCGGCCGACGGCGGACGGCAACGGCGGCGCGAUCGGGCGGAGCAAGUCGGACCAGCUGCCGCCGGCGCCGGCGUCGGCGUCCACGGCGCAGUCGCUCAGCCGGACGGCGUCGGCGGAGACGGUCCUCAGCAGCACCGCCGACGCGGCCAGCCUGUCGCGCAAGUCCAGCUUCGGGAAGCGGUCCGCGUCGGGCGGCAGCGGCGCCGGCGGGAACAGCCACGGCCGCAGCCACAUCCGCAAGUCCCGGAGCGCGCAGCUGAAGCUGGACAUGGAGGACCUCGUCAGCAGCGGCGCCGCGCUCAGCCGCGCCUCCAGCGCCAGCCUCGGCUUCUCCUUCACCUUCACCGGCUUCACCCCGCCGCCCCAGGACAUGAUGUCCUCCGCCGAGCUCGCGCCCUUCAGCGACGACGACGUCGACCUCGAGGCCGCCGACACCACGCGCCGCAAGAGCCUCAUGGCAGAGCCCACCCUGCCCAUAUACCUCAAGUUUUCGGAGGUGAAGUACAGGGUGGCGGUGAAGGGGACGCCGAGGGAGAUACUGAGCGGGAUAUCGGGGUCGGCGAGCCCCGGCGAGGUGCUGGCGAUGAUGGGGCCCUCCGGCAGCGGCAAGACCACGCUGCUCAGCAUGCUCGGCGGCCGGGCCACCGCCGCCGACGGCUGCAUCUCCUACAACGACGAGCCGUUCGGCAAGUCCCUCAAGCGCAGGAUUGGAUUUGUGACUCAAGAUGAUGUUCUCUUUACCCAUCUUACUGUUAAGGAGACACUAACAUACGCAGCAUUACUUCGUCUCCCAAGAACAAUGACAAGGGAGCAAAAGAAAGAACGGGCAAUGGACAUCAUAUAUGAACUAGGCCUCGAGAGGUGCCAGGACACUAUGAUUGGAGGAUCUUUUGUGCGUGGGGUUUCAGGGGGUGAAAGGAAAAGAGUUUGCAUAGGAAAUGAGAUUAUAAUCAAUCCAUCUUUGCUUUUCCUUGACGAGCCGACAUCUGGUUUGGAUUCAACUACAGCACUUAGGAUAGUUCAACUUCUACAUGAUAUUGCUGAGACUGGGAAGACAGUGGUCACCACGAUCCAUCAACCAUCCAGCAGGCUGUUUCACAAGUUUGACAAGCUUAUCCUCCUGGGCAGAGGAAGUUUGCUCUACUUUGGGAAGACAGCUGAAGCCAUGCCCUACUUUUCAUCCAUUGGAUGCAAUCCGCUCAUAGCAAUGAACCCAGCAGAGUUUCUACUGGAUCUUGCUAAUGGCAACACUAAUGAUGUUUCUGUUCCUUCCGAAUUAGAUGACAAACUGCACAUGGAAAAUCAGAAUCUGCAGGAUACUAAUUCCAAGAUUAACUUAAGGCCAUCAGCACAAGAUGUUCAUGAGUACCUUGUUGACGCUUAUGAGCAUCGAGUGGCAUAUAAGGAGAAGAAGAAACUUCUAGCACCACUACCGAUCAGUGAUGAUAUGAAGGCAACAAUAACAUCUUCGAAACGAGAGUGGGGCACAAACUGGUGCCAGCAAUAUUCCAUCCUCUUCUGUAGGGGUCUCAAGGAAAGACGGCAUGAUUAUUUGAGCUGGAUGAGAAUCACCCAGGUCAUAGCUACAUCAAUUAUCUUAGGUUUGCUCUGGUGGCGCUCUGAUCCCACCACACCAAAAGGUCUACAAGAUCAGGCAGGCUUACUGUUUUUCAUAGCUGUGUUUUGGGGUUUCUUUCCUGUGUUUACUGCCAUCUUCACAUUCCCUCAAGAGAGGGCAAUGUUGAACAAGGAGCGUGCAGUUGACAUGUACAAGCUCAGUGCAUACUUCCUGGCCAGAACGACAAGUGAUCUGCCACUAGACCUUUUCCUCCCAGUCAUAUUUAUGGUGAUUGUCUACUUCAUGGCAGGCCUCAAAGCAAGUGCCAUGCAUUUCUUUCUUAGCAUGUUGACCGUCUUUCUCAGCAUCAUUGCUGCUCAGGGACUAGGACUGGCAAUUGGAGCUACCCUCUUGGAUAUCAAGAAGGCAACUACUCUAGCUUCAGUCACAGUCAUGACAUUCAUGCUAGCAGGAGGGUUCUUUGUAAAGAGAGUUCCACCAUUCAUAUCCUGGCUCCGGUACCUGUCCUUCAACUACCACACGUACAGGCUGCUGCUGAAGGUGCAGUACGACCCCGUGCCGGACAUCCUGAUGACCUCCGUACCUCUGGAUAACGGCGUGACAGAGGUCGGAGCCCUGGUCGCGAUGAUCAUCGGGUACCGGGUGCUGGCCUACCUGUCCCUCAGGCGAGUGAAGGCUUCGAACGGCUAGCAGGGCAAGUGAACUGGAGGGCAGCAAGAAUCGGCACUCUUAGUCCUUACCGGCUGUUUUUGAUUGCAUGUAGGGAAGUCUGUAUUUAUGUUUGCGCCACAAGGAGAUGGAUCUUUUUUUUCCACUGUUCUAUCUUUCUGCUACGUUCAGAGCGCGAGAAAUGUACUGCAUGUUGCUAGUUAACUCGUGGAACAGAUUGAUGUGAACACUGAGCAAGAAAUAGUAGCAAGUGCUAGCAUUAA